UAGGGUUUAUCUUAAAAGUAUAUCGUUUAUUAUUAUCACACACACAUAUAUAUAUAUACUGUUGCUACAAGAACAUAGCGCUGAAUAUAUACUGAGGUGUCUAUGUCAUCGAUCAACGCCAACGGAUUUUGGGGACUUCUUGCGGCGAGCGACCGAUUUGCUUGAAAGAAGGAGAAAGCUACUACAAGAUAGACAUUGGAAGUAUAGAAGAAACUUUAAAGGCUACACCAGGUGUCAUCUCUACAAAAUUGGACUGAUACUCCAGGUUGAGAUCAUCAUGGAUUUGGAAGAAUACAGAAAACGAGGCAAGGAAUUAGUGGACUAUAUCACUGACUACUUGCAAAAUAUUCGACAUCGACGCGUUUUUCCUGACGUCAAGCCUGGAUACAUGAAAUCACUUCUGCCCGAGGAAGCUCCAGUAGAGGGUGAAUCAUGGGAUUUCAUAUUUGCCGAUGUGGAGCGUGUUGUGAUGCCUGGUGUUACCCACUGGCAAAGCCCGUACAUGCAUGCGUACUUCCCUGCCCUUAAUUCUCCUGCGUCUUUACUAGGAGAUAUGCUUGCAGACGCUAUCGGCUGUUUGGGAUUUACUUGGGCUUCGAGUCCGGCGUGCACGGAAUUAGAGAUUAUUGUCAUGGACUGGUUAGGGAAAAUGAUCGGACUUCCUGAGGAAUUCUUACACACUCGGAGGGAUAGUGAAGGUGGCGGAGUAAUUCAGACAACAUCAAGUGAAGCGACUUUUGUGGCCUUGUUGGCUGCUCGGACGGAAACUAUUCGGAAAGUUAAGACUGAGCAUCCGGAACUCGAAGAUGCCGAAAUCAACAGUCGGUUAGUUGGAUAUUGUUCUGAUCAAGCUCAUUCUUCGGUGGAAAAGGCUGGAUUAAUUGGUCUCGUUAAGAUGCGAUACAUCGAAAGUGAUGAUAAACUGAGCCUGCGCACGGAUUUCUUGGUUGAGGUCAUUGAACACGACCGCGAAAAGGGGCUCAUCCCCUUUUUUGUAAGUCUUUGUGCCACACUCGGAACAACUGGUGCUUGUGCGUUUGAUAAUCUUCGAGAAAUUGGACCUACAUGUUUCCAAGAAAACAUCUGGCUUCAUGUGGAUGCAGCUUACGCAGGAACGGCCUUCAUCUGUCCAGAAUUUCGAGUGUGGAUGGAUGGUAUUGAAUACGCUGAAUCCUUUGCAUUUAACCCUUCAAAGUGGAUGAUGGUACACUUCGACUGUACAGCCAUGUGGGUCAAGAAAAGUAGCGCUCUUCAUCGAACUUUCAAUGUUGACCCGUUAUAUUUGCAACAUGAAAACUCUGGACUUGCAGUUGAUUUUAUGCACUGGCAGAUACCUCUCAGUAAGCGGUUUCGAGCCUUAAAAUUGUGGUUUGUCAUACGCAACUAUGGUGUAAAAGGACUGCAAAACCAUGUUCGCAAGGGUGUUCUACUAGCUUCAGAGCUGGAGGAUUUAGUGCUGACGGACAAGAGGUUUGAGAUUCCCGCCAAACGGCAUCUAGGAAUGGUGGUGUUUCGGCUGAAGGGCAACAAUGAAUUAACGGAAAGACUCUUGAAGACUCUGAAUUCCAGUGGUAAACUACACUGCGUCCCUGCCUCCUUAAAAGGAAAAUAUGUUAUCAGGUUCACGGUCACUUCUUCCCGAACUACGUCUGAUGACAUCAGACAUGACUGGAAUAUCAUACAAAAUACGGCUUCACAGGUUCUAGAAAUCUACGGUGUUCCACCUGAUACUGCCAGAAGGGCUCGGCCAAUUGGAGAAAUAAAAAAGCAGACUCCAGACUUUGGCACGAGCUUGUUACUUGCCAAUAGCCCUUUGACACCAAAGAUUAUGAAUGGUAGUUUUGUUGCCAUAUUUGAUAACAAAGAUGUGAUCCAAGAAUUUGUCCGAAGGUUUGGGAAUAAUGUUCGUGUAGUAGCAAAAGACAGCCCAGCUCUUAGACGUCGUAUUCGUGGAUUAAUGGUCAGCGAGAAAAAGUACAGUCUUGAUUCGACCAUGGACCUGAUGAACACCAUCAUGGCAACGACCGUUGGUCUCCCAGAAGAUGAAAAUAAAGAAGAGCUUCAGAAGUUUACUACUGGUUCUAAUACCUUAGUGCCUUGUAAACAGGUUUGUUACAAUGGAAAAGUUAAACAAGAUAUCGCUGUUAGGAGUUCUAAAAAAGAACCAGAGAGCAAUGUUGAAGACACUAUAACAGAAGCUGAUGAGGAAAUUUCACCAGAAGCAGAAGAAAAUCACUGCAAGGUAAAAAUGUGCCGAAAAUGUGGCCAUAUUUUACCCAAAAAGGCUUAAGCAUACCCUCAACACUAUGUUGUCACUUAAUGCCACUAUCGAUUGUAAAUGUUCUAUUUUCUUCCGAAUAUUGCAGUUGUUCGUAACCUUAUGUCCUUUGCAACUUCAAAUUUAGAUCUGAGCUACCAGUUUUCUGUAUUCCUGUUGUCAAGACUUACUGUAUGAAAAUUAAUGACAUGGCAAAAUGCAAACCAAGUCUAAGAGGUUUGUGAAAGUGGUCCCUAUAGUAUUAGCGUAAUAUUCAACUCAUGUCAGAAAUAGCAAGAUUUUGUGUUAUUUUAAUUACGUUCAAUUUCUAUAUUCGGUCUAAAUAUGAAGUAUUACAAAAGCUUCAGAGUAACUGAGUGAUUUUGUUUCUGCAUGAAGAAUGUAUAUGUAAAAUUAUUUUUUCUUUGAAACUAAAUGAUAUACAGUGAGUGUUCGAUGUGUGUAGUUGAUUAUUUACUGUUCCAUGAAUAAAGCGUC